GGCGGUUCUGAGCGAUUAUACGCAGUAGCGGGACCUUUUACCUAUCAUGACCAACAGAUAACAGAAGAAUUUUUCCUUCGAAAUGGAUUUCAAACCGGUUUGUACUUUUAUAUCGUGCUGAUAAAAAUUUUAUUGACGUAUAGAAUGCCGUCAUUAGACCAAUUAGAAAUACUAUGUUUAACUUCUCUCUAGACCAAUUAUAUUUGUUUUCAGUAAACUCCAGGAAUUCAACGCAGUAAUUAUUAUAUAAAAAAGAAAAUCUCUGUUAAGGAUCAAGUUUAAUGAUGAGUACAUGAAAUUGCGCACUUCUCUUCUUUACGAAGUACAAGAUUGUUUCUCAAGUAUGUGUUAUAUAUCACAAUUCUUGUUAACUUCUCUCACAAUUAUUGCUUUUAGUAAUAGCACUAUAAACAUUAUAUCCAGUAUGUAUUGCAUAUCUUACUACUAUUUAAAAUUUAUAAAUUUAUGUCGCGUAUUUUGAUUCAACUAUUCAGAUGCAAUUAGUCUCAGCAUAUCAGUCACUCACACACCUAAAGAUACGAGGAUGUUUUGAGGAAGAAGAUCCGCGAAGAAGACCGACAUAGAUCUUGACCCUUGCGGGUACAUUGAUAUACCCGCAAGGGGUCAGUGAGAUAACGUUGACAUUAUAUAAACGUAGGCGCUUUUACUCGAGUUCACUCGAGUUGAUUUCGAUCGCCACACCGAAUGCAGUCGUGUUAGCCUGCAUUUCACCGAGUGCAAUCAGUGAAGAAAGUGAAGGAGCGAUACGUGGACACAUUUGUAUCUUGCGAUCCGACCGAUGCUGGGCAUCAGGAAUCUCAUCUGGCGGCGCAACUUCGUCUUGGAUACCGUAAGUUGCAACUCAUCAAAUUCGGAGAGAAAUAUUAAUGCCCGAAAAGACAUCACCGAAAUUUAUGAAGUCCACGAGGCAUUCGACGUGUUAAUAUACAUAUAUCUAUUUCGGGCAAAUGUAUUACAUUUUAUAUGCAUUUGGUGAUGGUGGUAAAGACGCUACAUAUGUAUAUAUAUAUUAGAUUUUGUUAUUUUAUACGGUUUCCUGUAAAUAAGCUUCGUAAUUAUACUUACAGCUUGCGUAGAACAAUUACUAGUAAUUCAUACGGUGGACUAAAUCUUAAACAGUCGACGAUGGCGCAGCUGAAAGUUGCUAUCAUUGGGCAGAGUUCCUUCGCGGCAGAAGUUUAUAAGCUUCUGCGACAAAAUGGACAUCAAAUCACAGGAGUGUUCACGAUCCCGGAUAAGGGAAACCGUGAAGAUCCUUUAGCACUCAUUGCCAAGGCUGAUAAGACGCCGGUCUUCAAGAUUAAAGCUUGGAGGAGUAAAGGGAUGACUUUACCAGAAAUCUUGGAGUUGUACAAGGGCAUCGAGGUGGACCUUAACGUUCUCCCAUUUUGCACCCAGUUCAUUCCUAUGGAAGUCAUUAAUCAUCCACGUCAUCGUAGCAUAUGUUAUCAUCCGUCUCUCCUGCCUAGACACAGAGGAGCGAGCGCCAUAAGCUGGACUCUGAUUCAAGGAGAUGAUACCGCAGGGUUGUCGGUCUUUUGGGCAGAUGAGGGUCUGGAUACCGGGCCAAUCCUCCUGCAAAGAUCCUGCAAAGUAGAGCCAAAUGACACAGUGGACAGUCUGUAUAACAACUUCCUCUAUCCGGAAGGUAUCAAAGCUAUGGGUGAAGCUGUAGAUUUUGUGGCCAAGGGGAUUGCGCCCAUGACGCCGCAACCCACAGAAGGCGCGACAUACGAUCCGCUGUUGAACAAGAAGGAGCUACAGAAAAUCGACUGGACGAAACCGGCGAAAGAAGUCCACGAUUUCAUUCGUGGUCUGGAUAGCACUCCGGGCGCCUGGACAACUCUGGAUGGUGAAGAGGUGCGUCUCUUCGGUUCUUCCUUGUGGAAAGAUAGACCACUGGCAGCCGAGAAACAAGUUACUCUCGAAGAACGAAAGGGAAUUGUACAUCCGGGUGGUCUGUUGAUCGAAGCUGCCGAUGAACAAUUUGUCAAUGUGGAAAGAAUCAAGAUUGGCACCAGAACUAUUCACGCCAGUAAAUAUGGGCAAGCUAACGACAUCAAGAAUGUGGAGUUUACGGAAGAGGAAUUGAAGAUGACUGAUGGUCUACGCCGAAUUUGGAUGGAUAUACUCAAGAUUGAUGUCGACGACGAUACGGAUUUCUUUGCUUCUGGUGCUGGCAGCAUGGAUGUUGUGCGACUGGUUGAAGAAAUCAAGGACAUCUUCGGCGUUACUUUGCAAAAUACAGACGUUUUUAUGGCACCAACUUUCAAGGAGUUUGCUACGACGGUUGUCCUUGCCACUCGAGGAAGUGUAGCUUCAAAAGAGAUCAAGUACGACAUGGUAGAGAUACAAACAAACAACCUGACUCUAAGAUUCCCUAGACAACUUUUCAUCAACGGCGAGUUCGUGAAUGGCCAUGGCAAGCCCGUUGAUACGAUAAACCCACACGAUGAGAGCAUUAUUUGUUCAGUGGAAAGCGCGACCGCUGAGGACGUCGAUCGGGCUGUUAGGGCUGCUAAAAAGGCCUUCGAGGAUGGUGAAUGGGGUAAAAUCAGUGCCAGGGAGCGUGGUGCACUGUUAUUCAAAUUAGCGGAUUUGAUGGAACAGCACAAGGAAGAACUGGCCACUUUAGAGACCCUUGAUUCGGGAGCGGUCUACACCCUCGCCCUGAAGACUCACGUAGGCAUGUCCAUUGAGACUUGGCGAUAUUUUGCCGGAUGGUGCGACAAGAUCCAAGGCUCCACCAUACCGAUCGCGCACGCACGUCCGAAUCGCAAUCUCACGUUCACGCGACGCGAACCGAUCGGUGUUUGCGGUCUCGUCACACCUUGGAACUAUCCUCUAAUGAUGCUCUCGUGGAAAAUGGCAGCUUGUCUGGCAGCUGGCAAUACCGUGGUGAUGAAACCCGCCCAGGCUUCACCAUUGACCGCGUUAAAGUUCGCUGAGCUAUCUGUGCGCGCCGGAAUUCCACCGGGCGUCAUUAAUAUCGUUUGCGGAUACGGCAGCGAUGUUGGCAACGCCAUAGUAGGACAUCCGCUAAUCAGGAAAUUGGGCUUCACAGGUUCGACGCAAGUAGGUCAGACCAUCAUGAGAUGUUGCGCUGACAGUAACUUGAAGAAGGUGUCGCUGGAGCUUGGCGGGAAGAGUCCUCUUGUUAUCUUCGAGGACGCCAAUAUGCAACAGGCGGUCAGAAUCAGCAUGGGCGGCGUAUUCUUCAACAAGGGUGAAAAUUGCAUCGCUGCCGGACGUAUCUUCGUCGAGGAGAGUAUUCACGACGAGUUCGUGCGACGUGUGGUCGACGAGGCGAAGAAGAUCACCAUCGGCAAUCCGCUGGACAGGAGUACCGCCCACGGGCCACAGAAUCACAAGGCCCACAUGGAUAAAUUGCUUGAAUUCGUGCAAAAAGGAGUACAGGAAGGUGCAAAGCUGGUUUAUGGUGGCAAGAGAUUGAAUCGUCCCGGCUGGUACUUCGAGCCGACUGUUUUCACUGACGUGAAAGACAACAUGUACAUCGCCAGGGAGGAAUCCUUCGGUCCGAUAAUGGUGAUCUCCAAGUUCGGUUCAAAGAACGUCGAUGAGAUUAUUGCCCGCGCGAACAAUACAGAAUUCGGUCUGGCCUCUGGUGUUCUCACCAAAGAUAUCAGCAGAGCGCUCAGAUUCGCGGAGAAGAUCGAGGCUGGCACCGUGUUUAUCAACACGUACAACAAGACGGACGUGGCGGCUCCCUUUGGCGGUUUCAAGAUGUCCGGCUUCGGAAAGGACCUGGGACAGGAAGCACUUAAUGAGUAUCUAAAGACGAAGACGGUCACUAUCGAGUACUGAUGAUCGCGAUGAUAAUUCCUCGAGUGCUGUAAUAUAGUAUUGUAGGUGUAAGUACAUAUCGCCGCAUUCUUUUGCGUAAAACAACGGGUACAUUAGAUUUGCAGUAUUGCGUGAUAAUAUGAGCUGUUUGUACACCUUUCGCAUGAUGUCUUUCCAAUUUCUGCAUUUCAAGAUAUAAUCAAACACGGUUACUGUUUGUUCAUUAUGUAUUCGUAUAUUGUUUGCUCUUUUUUUUUAAUUAUUUGUUUAAUCGUUAAGCAUACGGAUUUGCUAAUUUCUUCUCGAGGAUGCUACGCCACUCAAGAUUUUCGACUUUUAUUGUCGGCGUGACUGUUCCGUAUAUGAUGCUAGUAGUUUCUACGUGUUGAGCACAUAGCGUUGUUCAUCGUCGAAAGGAAAAUCGCUCGUGGGAAAGUACGAAGUCGGAACAGCGGGACGAAAUGCUCGUCAAGGGUUAACGGAGGGACACCGAGGGACGGAAGAAGAGCGAGAGAUCUCGCUCCCACGCGCAUACGGGGUAUAUAAACAGUUUUUAUGAUGCGGCGCGCCUCCUCGUCCGAUGGCUCCAGAUGCUGUGUGAUUUUUUGUCUUGUGGCACACAAGUGUGCUCCGUCUCUUGCAUGUUGCGCGACGCAUUCACGCGGCCUCACACUCGCAUUUCGUAGCUCGCCCUUUUUCCCCGACCGGCCGAUCCUAAACGAUCACCCGUACGGUAUUUCAGUGGCACCCGGGGGCCACGGAAUGCCAUCGGUCCCCUUUUUUUGAAAGAUAUUAUAUACGAUGAGAUAUCUUUGAAACGCUAGCUUCGUGAGUAUGAGUAUCAUCCAUAUCAGAUUGAUCAACUAUUAGUUUAUUCCUUUUCAUUACUGUAACAGCCAUAUUAGGGAAAAAGCAGUGGAGUUUUCUUAUCAAACUUAUAAAAUGAAGAACUGAAAUAAAAGUGUAAUAAACGCGACAAUAUUUUAUGAAUCUUUUAGUUUAUUCUAUUGUGACGAUCAAAAUUAAACAAAUGUAAGCGAAAGCAAAA